AGAAAUAGAAGUGACGAUGAAAGAAGAGACAGAAGAAGAGAUGAUUCUGACGAUGAAGAAGAUAGAAGAAGAGAUAAUAGAAGAGACAGAAGAGACGAUAGUCGUGAUAGAAGAGAUAGCAGAGACGAUAGCCGUGAUAGAAGAUAUAGAGAGGAAGAUAGAAAGUAUAAUAAACCAUCAUCAUCAUCAAAGAAAUACUCAUCAGAUAGUGAUUCAUCAGAUAGCGAAGAAGAAGAAAGAAGAGAAAAGAAAGAAAGAGAUAGAAUCAGAAUGGAAAAGAAAAGGGAGUUAGAACGUGAAUAUAGAUUAGAAGCUAGUGGUAAAAAAUCAAAAUUAAAUAGAGAUCAAGAUCGUGAUAUUAGUGAAAAGAUUGCACUUGGUCAAGCCAACCAUACAAGAACUGAAGAUUCAAUCUAUGAUCAAAGACUUUUCAAUCAAUCCGAUUCACUUUCAAGUGGCUUUGGUACUGAUGACUCUUAUAAUGUUUAUUCAAAACCAUUAUUUGGAGGAGCAGUUUCAAAUUCAAUUUAUAGACCAAAAAAUAAUCAAGAAGACAAUACUACAAUCGACGAUGUAUUAAGUAAAAGUAGAUUUGGUAGCAAUACAUCAAGCAAACCUCAUAAAGAAUUUAGCGGCACAGAUAGAUCAAAAGAAAGAACUGGUCCAGUUGCCUUUGAAAAAGAAAAGAAAAAAUCAGAUCCAUUCGGAUUUGAUGAUUUUAGUAAGAAAAAAUAAUAAAAUAGUUUAUAAAAUAAUAAAAUAAUAUUAUUAUGUUUUUUUUAUAAUUUGACACU